GACGUCACCCGCGUUGCUUCCCCAAGCAGGAAGAAAACAUCCGGCGGAGAGCUUUGGACUAGAGGCUAGCUUAGUUUAGUUUCGCUCCAGCCUCGAUACCAGUAAUGACAACACAAAGUGAAAGUGUGCUGAACUAUGCUUGGUCAAAUAUAGAUUUAUAGCCCAGAACGUGAAAAACCUCCUUGACUUUCCUUCGGUCCGAGAGUUGAUAUCAGGUGUGAAUGAGUGACGUGGUGCCUCCCACAGCUCUCAGUGAAGUCCAGCUACGGUUCUUGUGCCACGAUGACAUAGAGAGUGUCAAACUGCUCUGCGGUGAUUGGUUCCCAAUUGAGUACCCAGACUCAUGGUACCAGGACAUCACCUCAAACAAGAAGUUUUUCUCUCUCGCCGCCACCUUCAGAGGAGGCAUUGCGGGAAUGAUCGUGGCCGAGAUCAAAAGUCGAACUAAAGUGCAUAAAGAGGAUGGAGAUAUUCUUGCCUCCAGUUUUCCUGUGGACACACAGGUAGCCUACAUCCUCAGCCUGGGAGUGGUGAAAGACUUCAGGAAACACGGCAUAGGCUCCCUACUGCUGGACAGUCUGAAGGAGCACAUCUCCACGACAGCUCAGGACCACUGCAAGGCGAUAUACCUGCACGUUCUCACCACCAACAACACUGCCAUCCACUUCUACGAGAACAGGGACUUCAAGCAACACCACUACCUGCCCUACUACUACACCAUACGCGGCGUUCUCAAAGACGGCUUCACGUAUGUUCUCUACAUCAACGGGGGUCAUCCACCUUGGACAAUUAUCGACUAUAUCCAGCACAUAGGUUCAACCUUAGCCAGCCUGAGCCCGUGCUCAAUCCCACAGUGGCUGUAUCGACAGGCGCAGUCUCUGCUGCGAUCUCUGCUACCGUGGUCCAACAUCGCCUCCAAGACCGGCAUACAGUACAGUCGAACAAUGUGACACAACCAGGAGUAAAAAGUAUCGAGUUUCUCAUCGGUCUUCCCCUGUGUCCACCAGGACGUACAUGCACACCCUCAGCACGCUGUGUAGGACACAGAACCCCCUUCACCCAUCAGCUUGUUACUCCUGAUUCAAUGCACGUUUGGUACACACACACACAAACUGGGUUAGUUGCUGAAAUAUGGUGAUUGCACCGCAUCAAAGUGCAAUGUUGUGUUUUUACGCUGACAACAGGGAAGGAUUUGGGGGAAUUCGCGGCUGGGCAUUAGUCACCAUGUCUUAUCCCGUGCACCAUUCCAUAUCGGCGACAGUAGCGUGUCUCGCGCCGGUCAUGCCAAAGCUGAGAAGUUUGAGACUUGCUUCUCGGCUCAGAGAAACAGGCACGGAUUUUAAUGUGACGCGUAUGUCUACUGUUGGUAUAUUAUAUAUACUGAGGUAAUAGAUUUCAUAUUUAAUGUACAGUGUGUCUUAUAUUGCUGCUGCCCAUUUGGAAUAACCACCUGUUUUCCUUUUUUGACUGGAUUGAAUGUGAGUCGACCCCAAAUUGUGACGUACGGGACCCAAGAACAAACAGCAUUGGACUGUGAAUCUCGCAAUGCUUUUAAAAAAGUAGUGUAGAAUAAAGUUAGUUAUUUAUCGGGAACAAUGGAAGACAUUAUUUUAAUUUUCAAACGUUCCCUUUUCAAAAAUGAAGGGUUUUUUUGUGUGUGUGCAAUAACUAAAUGUACUGUAUGUGUGACUUCACCGCUGACACAAAUAAACACAUUUUAGCUUAUAAUUGUUACGCCGCAACACAAAGUUUACAUGCAUUUAACGCUAUAUUCAAACGUAUUUUCAACCACUCAUGAUUAGGGAUGAUUUUGGUAAGACAUUAUCGAGUUCAAGCCCAUUAUCGAAUCCUCUUAUCGAACCGAUUCCUUAUCGAUUCUCUUAUCGAAUCCAGAUAGGUUGUUGUAUAUGGAAAAAAACACAAUAUUUGGUUUAACAAAAGCUCACUUUUUAUUUUAUAAGAAAAAAAUAAAAUAAUAUAAAUAAAUAAGUAUUGACUGUUACCCACCUAAAAAAAUUAAAUAAAUAAAUAUUGACUGUUGUUACCCAAAGUAUAUUAAGUGGGAUUUUUCAGAAAAACAAAUAUAUACAGUAACACAAAAACAACCUGUCUCUGUGAUCACUAUCGAUGUAUAAAUAAUAAUAUAGUGUUAAAUAAAAUCAGUCCCUUGGGCACAAAACUGAAAAUAAUACAGCUCUCCAAAAAGUGCACUUCUGCUGCUAUUGGAACAUACUAACUACACACACAGGCAGACAGCUAACAAACAAUCCAAGACGUCUAAUAAAGUUCCAAAGCAGAUUAAUCCAUUUAGGCUCUUUAUUGUUUGUUGAUCUUGCUUUGUCUUUUCCUAUCUUUACUUUUGUCUUGCACUGGACUGUUAUUUAUUUUUUUAACUGAAAUACACACAAUGACAAAUGUAUAAGCUAUGUGAUUCAAUUAACAUACUAAAAUUUAAUACACAAAAUGUAAAUAUUAGCUUCACACAAAUAUACAGUACUAUCAUCAAACAAUUACUUCUGAGUGUUGAAACUAUUUCGAUGGUGGAAAUACACGACUGGCAGCCAUUUUAAGUCCUCAAAACAUCCAUUGAAACAGUGCACAAAAAUCGUUUUUCAAUAAACAUCUUAUUAUCAAAUUUAACCACUUUCCACCUUAAUAUUGAGUUACAUAAACAAGUUAAACAGUUUACUUACAGACUUAUCUUUUCCAAGGCUUGUAAGAGCUAACACAACUUGUCUACUUCUCAAUUGUCUCAUGUAUUGAACUGACGUCGCCAACCCGGAAGUGCCCAAACUAAUGACGCGUAGUAUUUUUAUAUCGCCACAAGGUGUCAGUAAAUUCCACAGGGCAUUUCCUGUGGGAAGGGAUUCGUUCCCAGGGAUUCGAAUAAAGAACCAACUGUUUUUCUUUACUAUAGUGGCCUCGAUAACGGGAUUCGAGUCCAUGGAAUCGGUUAUUUUCUUAUCGAACAACCGGGAGUACCGGUUUUGAACAUCAUCCCUACUCAUGAUAGAAUCCAUCUAUUUUAAAGGUUUUAAAAGGAGAUUUGUUGCCUUCACGUCUAGUCUAGUUUGUUGAAACACAUUUUUAAGAUUAGGAUAAAUUAGCGAUACUUGUUACAUGUUAGCGUAUGUGUGCAAGGUCGGAAAUUAGCACCUAUAAAGUGCCAAAUGCUGGUGUACAGUAAAUACAUUCAGCCGACAUGCUUGUUGGCUGCACUGUAGUUGCUCCAUUUGGACUGCAUUCUGUCGCAUAUCGUGUAUAACAACAGUGACUGUGAAAUGUGUUGCUCCACGGUGUGAAUUUCAAAAGAACAUUUCAGACAGUUUGUAUGCAAUAAAAGUUCCUUUGAUUGUAAUAACAACAGUU